AUGCCAGGCCGGAAGUUUGCUGAUGGUGAGGUGGUGAUGGGCCGUUGGCCAGGAAGUGUCCUGUACUAUGAAGUACAAGUGGCUAGUUAUGAUGAUGUUUCUCAUCUUUAUACUGUUAAGUACAAAGAUGGGACUGAACUUGCGUUGAAAGAAAGUGAUAUAAGGUCACUGUCAUCAUUCAGGCAUAGGAAGAGCCAGUCCUCUUCAAGUUCUCCCUCCAGAAGAAGUAGUAGCAGAUCUCGAUCUAGAUCUCCUGGCCGGCCAGCAAAAGGCAGGCGUCGUUCUUCUUCCCAAAGCAGAGAACAUAAAGAUGACAGAAAGAAAACCAUUCAGGAAACCAACUUAGCUCUACUGAAACCGAGUGAGAAUAACACCCAAAGUUACAAUGGUGAACCUGACAGUACAGAAAGAAAUGACACAUCCUGCAUAAUCUUGGAGCAAAAGUCAAAACCAGAGCUGGAAAUACAGCGUGUGCUUGAACAGUACAGCUUGCGUCCAAGAAAAGAAGAAAGGAAAAAAGAAGAGAUAUAUUCAGAGAAGAAGAUUUUUGAGACAAGAAAAACAGUUGAGAAAGCAACACCAAAAACAAAGGAGCUAGAGUUUGGUGGAAGAAUUGGGACCUUCAUGAUGAUAUUUUUCCUGCCUGCUACUGUGUUCUACUUGCUGUUGAUGUGCAAACAAGAUGAUGCCAGUCUUCUGAACUUCCCUCCUCCUCUCCCAGACCUUGAAAGUCUUUGGGAGGCGAGAGUGUUUGGUGUUUUUCUUCUGUGGUUUUUCCUUCAAGCUCUGUUUUACUUGCUGCCAAUUGGAAAGGUUGUAGAAGGCCUGCCUCUCUCAAAUGGAAGGAAACUGCAGUACCGGAUAAAUGGGUUUUAUGCUUUUAUUUUUACUGCUGCCAUUAUUGGAACUUUAUUAUACUUUCAAUUUGAGCUUCAUUAUUUGUACGAUCACCUCAUGCAGUUUGCAGUGUCAGCUGCAGUUUUUUCUGUGGCGUUGAGCAUUUAUCUGUAUAUUCGAUCCCUGAAAGCACCUGAGGAAGAACUUGCACCAGGUGGAAAUUCUGGGUAUUUUGUUUAUGAUUUUUUUACUGGCCAUGAAUUAAAUCCUCGUAUUGGCAGUUUUGACCUCAAAUACUUCUGUGAGUUGCGUCCAGGAUUAAUUGGCUGGGUUGUUAUAAACUUGGCAAUGCUCUUGGCUGAGAUGAAGAUACACAAUCAGAGUAUGCCGUCGCUGUCAAUGAUACUCGUGAACAGCUUUCAGCUUCUCUAUGUGGUGGAUGCUCUUUGGAACGAGGAAGCUGUUUUGACUACAAUGGAUAUUACCCACGAUGGAUUUGGAUUCAUGCUGGCAUUCGGAGACUUGGUGUGGGUUCCGUUUGUCUACAGUCUGCAGGCCCUCUAUUUAGUUGGUCAUCCUACUGCCAUUUCUUGGCCCGUUGCUGCUGCCAUUACUACUCUGAACUGUGUUGGGUAUUUCAUCUUCCGUAGUGCAAAUUCUCAGAAAAAUAAUUUCCGAAGGAAUCCAGCAGAUCCCAAAUUGGCCUAUCUGAAAUUUAUACCUACUGCAACUGGAAAAGGGCUUCUUGUCACGGGUUGGUGGGGUUUUGUUCGUCACCCUAAUUAUCUCGGUGACAUCAUCAUGGCUCUGGCAUGGUCUCUACCCUGUGGUUUUAAUCACAUUUUACCGUAUUUCUAUGUGAUAUAUUUCAUCUGCUUGCUUGUUCAUCGAGAAGCACGUGACGAACAUCAUUGUAAGCAAAAAUAUGGCUUGGCAUGGGAAAAGUAUUGUCAGCGUGUACCAUACCGCAUAUUUCCUUACAUCUACUAG